AUGGUAGAGAGCGACGGAAUCAACAUCUACUACGGAAAGAAGUACCCCUUCGUAUGUAGAACAAUACUGAACGCGCACAAGAGCCUCCGCCAAAAGGAGAACCCAGCGGGGGGUGACCACUCGGCGGAGGAGAAGGUAAAAUUUGUGAAGGACGAAAAUGUGGAAGAAUUAAAGGUAGAAUUUGUGAGCAAGGAAGAAGCGCAAGGAGAGAAAUGCAUAAACACGACGGACAAAAUAUUCGCAAAGAGUCUAGACCAGAUACUGCAAACGAAGCUGUACCACUCGUUCCGAGAGAACAACAAAAAAGAGGAUAAACAGACGGACGUCUACGUGCAAGCGCAGUACGACGAGUGGGUGGACUACUUCAGGAGCAAGCAGCUGCAAAAGGAAGUACUAAUCAUUUGUGACCACCUAAAUAGGCAUCUCCAUUUGAACACAUUCAUAUGCGGGGACUAUUUAACCCUGUCAGAUCUGUACGUGUACUACGAAAUGCAUAGGUACUUUAACGUGGCCAACUGCUAUAACGUCAAGUAUUCGAAGCAAUUCAGGAACGUCAACAGGUGGUUCAAAUUGAUUAACUGCCUAGUGAAUUACUCAGAUGCAGAGCUAUCGACGAUGCUGAAGAAGGAAGUCGAAACGAACCAAGUGGAUAUUACAAAAGAUGCAAACACCAUGCAAUUGUUAAAGCAAAAAAUCGUGUCCACCUCCUACGUUGGAAAAUUGGAGAAUGCAGAAAAGGGAAAGGUAGUCACGAGGUUUCCCCCAGAACCGUCCGGCUACCUACACAUCGGCCACGCGAAAGCAGCCUUCCUAAAUAGUUAUUAUGCAAAUAUGUACGAAGGGAAAAUGCUCCUACGAUUUGAUGACACGAAUCCAACCUUGGAAGACAUCAAAUAUGAGACAUCCAUCAUGGACGAUCUAGAAAACUUGGGAUUAAAAUAUGAAAAAAUUAGCUACUCCUCGGAUUACUUUGCAACUCUGGAAGAGUACUGCAUUAGGUUAAUAAAAAUGGAGAAGGCCUACGCGGAUGACACCAAUGUAGAAGAAAUGAGGAACCAGAGAGGGGAGGGAAUCGAAUCGGUGAAUAGACAAAACUCGGUGGAGCAGAAUCUGCAACUGUUUGAAGAAAUGCGAAAGGGAACUGAAAUUGGGCAGAAAAACUGCAUUCGAGCAAAAAUAGACAUGCAGAGUAAGAACAAGUGCAUGAGAGAUCCCGUCCUGUACAGGUGCAUAGUAGAUACGCCUCACCACAGGCACGGGUUCAAAUUUAAGUGCUACCCGACUUACGAUUUUGCAUGCCCAAUAAUAGAUUCCAUCGAAGGAGUAACCCACGCGUUGAGGACCAACGAAUACAGUGACAGGAUUGAGCAGUACAACUGGUUCAUCACAACCUUUCAGUUGAGGAAAGUCUACAUCUACGAAUUCAGCCGAAUUUCUUUUGUCAAAACGGUUAUGUCCAAGAGGAAGCUAAAAUGGUUUGUUGAAAAUAAGCUGGUGGACGGAUGGCUAGAUCCACGUAUGCCCACCAUCAAGGGUAUCCUCAGAAGGGGGUUAACAAAAGAAGCCCUAUUCCAAUUCAUCUUAGAACAAGGACCCUCCAAAUCGGGGAACCUCAUGCAGUGGGAUAAACUGUGGUCCAUCAACAAACAAAUAAUCGACCCUAUCAUCCCCAGGUUCGCAGCAGUAGAUAAAAAAAAAGGAGUCAUUCUUAAACUGACCGAUUUGACUGAAGACGUUGUCGAAAAAACGAGAGACCUACACAUGAAAAAUAAGUCCCUUGGCACUUGUUCUAUGUUUUAUACUAACCGCUUCUUUAUCGAAUUGGAAGAUGCCCAAACGUUGGCAGAGCAGGAGGAAAUUACCCUAAUCAAGCUCGGAAAUGUGAUUAUCACCAGUAUUGUGAAAGGGGACGACGAUGGAGUAAACCCCCCAACCGUUAAGGAACUCAUCGGAACGUCCAAUUUCGAUGGAGACUUCAAAACGACAAAAAAAAAAAUACACUGGCUGCCCUACAUACCCGAAAAAUUAAUCACCUGCACGCUGUACGAAUAUGACCACCUAAUUACCGUCGACAAAUUUGAAAAUGACAAUAAGGACGAUUGGACCAAAUUUAUCAACCCCAGUAGCAAGUACGAGACGGUGGUGUAUUCCGAACCGGCUAUUAGCUCCCUUAAGGUUUGUGACAAAUUUCAGUUCGAAAGAAGGGGCUACUUCAUUGUUGAUAAGGUCGUGAGCAACCACCUGCAUUUGAUUAAAAUCCCCGACGGGAAGUCCAAGAACAUGUCCAUCAUCAGCUCCAAGGUCAACCCCAAAAAUUUGGCCGGCACCAAGAACAAGGCCCCCGACGCCUCGGAGAAGCGGUGA